CGUACCACAGCGAGUCUGCGAACAAUAUCAUGGGAUGCAAAGUUUUGCAGAAUGACGACUCGCAUCAACAAGUGAAUGCACCAUCCUGGUUGUGCUUUGCGAACUAUUGGAAGCAUUGCCCCUGCUUGCGACGACCUUCGAUAAACUGAUUUCGGCAGCAACGGUGCAUCAUCUCGUACCAAAAUAGCACAGCCGUUGGAGGACCAUGCACAUGGUGUCAUGUAUGCAAGUAGUACUUGCGCGUACAUACACGCCGCAGUCCUCUAAGCACCGUCGACUUGGUGGCGGAGAGGCUUGGUCACUGCACAAAGAUAUUGGCCGGAGUGUAGUCGCUGCCACAAACACUCCCACGAUGCAAACGUGAACCGCGUCGUUUCGUUUAGUACAUGUAUGUAGGCGCAGCACAACUGGAAGCUGCUGCAGCAACGACACAAGCGACUGUCCACUGAAUUACUUAUUGCCAUCCUUCUCGCCCUUGUUUCUGCCAUCAACGCUCUGUUGUAAAUUACCGCACCUGGCAAAGAGCAGCUUACGACGCAUUGCCUGCUUGGAGAAAAUGGCAGCAGGGGUCACCGUGCGCUUAUUCGUAGUAUUGCUAGGUUGGGGGGCGUUCGCACUGCCCCAAGGGGAUCUGACUUGCCCGCGCCGCUGUGAUUGCAACUGAGCCUCCUCCUCAAUUAACUCUUCAAUCUUAUGAGAGAGAACUCGGUUUCCCUUUCCUCGCAUCUGUGCAUUCGACUGCUGCCUUUUUUUUUUUUUUUCAUUUGUUCAUCGUGACUGCGCUGUUGUUCUCUGUCACCCUCGUCAUUCCGAAACGUUGGCCAAGGCUGCGGAGCUUCGGGGACUGGUUUAACUGGAAGGAGAGAGCAACGUCUUCUGUUACCCCAUACCAUCACCACCACCGCCCCCAUCACCAACACAACCAAGCAACACACACCAAGCAGAGGAAGGGCUAGGAAAGAGGGUUCACUGUGUAUUCCAACUGGAUGAAGUGAGGGGCACAGCUGUACGUGGCAGAAGACACGCGCGAUCCAUUUGGCCGCCAUGGCCGGUCGGCCGCCAGGACAACCGCCUUCUCAUAGCGAGAACCUAAUAGACUUUGACGACCACCAACCCACCUAUUACUCCUCUGGCGCACGACCCCCGGUCGACGAUGACCAGCUGCUUCACCGAUACGAUAUAGACAAUACCGACGCGCCGCAGGGCCGGCCCUCGGUAUCAUACGAUGAUUUUGUAGGGGGAGGCAGGCCUGCCGCAGGCCUUCCGGGCGGACCUGGUGCGCCUGUCGCGGGAGAUACACCUUACGCCAUGGGAGGUUCGAGGUUGUACUCGCAAACCUCGGAUUUGAACAACUACCAGCGCUAUUCGGAUGCUGAUAUACCGGCCGAUGACGAUCACUCCGCGCAGGGAUACUAUGCCGGUUCAACAUAUGACGCUCCAGCAGGAGCAAGUCGUUCACAGUCCAACAAGGCUAACAGGAAUAGCAUCAUGAGCUUGGGUGGGGGUAUUAGCGGACGUGUGAAGAGCAUGCUGGGCCAGAAACCCGAGUAUUCCGAGAUGGACUUGCCUUUGACUGAGAACGCCGCACAACAGGACCGCUCUCAACCGAGCGGCACUCACGACGGAUCUGCCUCCCAUAAAAAGCGUAAAUCGGGGACGUUCAAGUUUGGUUUCGGUCGUGGUGCCCCAGACCCAUCGACGUUGGGUCCUCGAAUCAUACAUCUCAAUAACCCUCCCGCGAACGCGCAAAACAAAUACGUCAACAACCAUGUAUCCACUACAAAGUACAACGUUAUCACCUUUCUUCCCAAAUUUCUCUUCGAGCAGUUCUCAAAAUACGCCAACAUAUUCUUCUUGUUCACGGCUAUACUGCAACAGAUUCCUGGCAUCUCACCCACGAAACGAUACACAACGAUUGUUCCCCUAGGUGUUGUCUUGCUCGUGUCAGCUGUCAAAGAGUACGUGGAGGAUUAUCGAAGGCGACAGUCGGAUUCAGCACUGAACAACUCGCGAGCACAAGUCUUGAAAGGGUCCACUUUUCAAGACACUCGUUGGAUAAACGUCGCUGUAGGAGACAUUGUUCGUGUCGAAUCAGAGAAUCCUUUCCCGGCAGAUUUAGUGUUGCUCGCGUCAUCCGAGCCGGAGGCGCUAUGCUACAUUGAAACCGCGAACUUGGACGGCGAAACAAAUCUCAAGAUCAAACAGGGCAUUCCAGAGACCGCUGGCAUGGUCAGUCCAGCCGAGCUAGGACGGCUUGGUGGAAAAAUUAAAUCCGAGCAGCCGAACAGCAGUCUUUACACGUAUGAAGCGACGUUGACCAUUGCAGCUGGAGGAGGGGAAAAGGAACUCCCAUUACAACCCGAUCAGCUACUCUUGCGUGGGGCUACCCUGAGGAAUACUCCGUGGAUACAUGGUGUAGUGGUCUUCACCGGACACGAAACCAAGCUUAUGAGGAACGCUACUGCUACUCCUAUCAAAACCACUGCUGUCGAGAGAAUGGUGAACAGGCAGAUUCUCAUGCUCGUCUGUGUUCUCGUGGGCCUAAGUAUUGUGAGCUCUGUGGGUGACGUUGUGAUUCGAAUGAGGAAUGGUGAACAGCUUGACUAUCUCCGAUAUGAAGAUUUCAAUGGUGCCAAACAGUUCUUUGGUGAUCUGUUGACGUAUUGGGUCCUUUACUCUAACUUAGUUCCCAUAUCAUUGUUCGUCACCAUCGAAGUCGUUAAAUACUGGACCGGAAGCUUGAUCGACUCAGAUCUCGACAUCUAUUACGAACCUACCGACACGCCUGCCAAUUGCCGUACCUCAUCUCUGGUGGAGGAGCUAGGUCAGAUUGAGUACAUCUUCUCGGACAAAACUGGCACGUUGACCCAGAACAUCAUGGAAUUCAGACAGUCCUCCAUCGCUGGCAUUCAAUAUUCAGACGAAGUUCCUGAGGACAGACGGGCGACAAUCGAAGAUGGAGUUGAAGUCGGAAUUCAUGACUUUGCCAGACUUGCCGAGAAUCGCAAAACACAUCGCGACAGGAACAUCAUCCACCACUUUUUGACACUGCUUUCUACCUGCCACACAGUCAUUCCGGAGAGCAAAGGCGAGAAGGGAGAAAUCAAAUACCAAGCAGCAUCCCCCGACGAAGGCGCUCUAGUAGAGGGUGCUGUUCUGCUAGGAUAUAAAUUCAUUGCCCGUAAACCUCGCGCUGUCAGGAUUCUUGUUGAUGGCAAAGAAUUUGAGUACGAGCUUUUGGCAGUGUGUGAAUUCAACUCUACACGGAAACGAAUGUCUACCAUUUUCCGUGCGCCAGAUGGAAAGAUUUACUGCUAUACCAAGGGCGCAGAUACCGUGAUUUUGGAAAGACUGGCUAAAAACAACAAUCCAUAUGUCGAAGUCACACUGACUCACCUUGAAGAAUACGCUGCCGAUGGAUUGCGGACGCUUUGUUUGGCUAUGCGCGAGAUUCCCGAGCAUGAAUGGCAGGAAUGGUAUAAGAUCUUCAAUCAGGCACAGACGACCGUCAGCGGGAACCGAGCUGAGGAACUCGACAAAGCUGCGGAGCUUAUUGAGCACGAUCUGACCCUUCUCGGGGCCACUGCUAUUGAAGACAAGCUUCAGGAUGGCGUUCCGGAUACCAUUGCUACCUUGCAAAGUGCCGGCAUUAAAGUUUGGGUACUGACUGGAGAUCGACAAGAAACUGCAAUCAACAUUGGCAUGAGUUGUAAGCUUAUCAGCGAGGACAUGAGCUUGCUAAUUGUCAACGAGGAGUCCAAGGAUGCAACACGCGAGAACAUUCAAAAGAAGUUGAAUGCAAUCAACAGUCAAAGCAUGGGAGGAGCGGAACAAGAUGUACUAGCUCUGGUCAUCGACGGAAAGUCUCUUACUUACGCAUUGGAGCGCGACUUGGAAAAGGAAUUUUUGGACUUGGCUACGAAGUGCAAAGCUGUCAUCUGUUGCCGGGUGUCCCCACUUCAAAAAGCUUUGGUGGUCAAGCUGGUCAAACGGCAUUUGAAAGCCAUUUUGCUUGCUAUCGGCGACGGUGCGAACGAUGUUUCCAUGAUUCAGGCUGCACACGUUGGCAUUGGUAUCAGCGGUAUGGAGGGUCUCCAAGCUGCCCGAAGCGCUGAUAUUUCCAUUGGACAAUUCCGUUACCUGCGCAAGCUCCUCCUCGUUCACGGUGCUUGGAGUUACCAGCGCAUCAGCAAAGUCAUCUUAUACUCCUUCUACAAGAACAUUGCACUAUUCAUGACUCAAUUUUGGUACUCAGGCCAGAACGCAUUCUCAGGCCAGAUCAUUUACGAAUCUUGGACCCUCACCUUUUAUAACGUUUUCUUCACCGCUGCGCCACCAUUCGUACUGGGAAUUUUCGACCAAUACGUUAGCGCUCGCUUGCUAGACAGAUAUCCACAACUCUACCAUCUUACCCAAUCCGGUGUCUUCUUCAAAAUGCACUCGUUUUGGUCUUGGGUGGCAAACGGCUUCUAUCACUCCCUUAUCCUUUACUAUGCUUCACAGCUCUUCAUAUUCUGGGAUUGGCCGCAACAUGAUGGUCUCAAUGCCGGGCACUGGGUAUGGGGUACUUCGCUGUAUACUGCUGCCUUGGCCACGGUGCUGCUCAAGGCUGCUCUCAUCACCAACAUCUGGACCAAGUACACUGUUCUCGCCAUCCCGGGCUCAAUGGCUCUCUGGUUCAUUCUCCUUCCUGCUUAUGCCACCCUUGCACCGAAAGUGAACAACACCUCGCCUGAGUACAUAGGUGUUAUUCAACGUCUGUUCCCGGACCCAAGGUUCUGGGGUAUGCUCCUGGUCCUUCCUCCUUUAUGCCUCAUCAGAGACUUUGCGUGGAAAUAUGCAAAGCGCAUGUAUUACCCUCAAAGCUAUCAUCACGUCCAGGAAAUCCAGAAGUACAAUAUUCAAGACUACAGACCUCGCAUGGAGCAAUUCCAAAAAGCCAUCCGCAAAGUGCGCCAAGUGCAACGCAUGCGCAAACAACGUGGCUACGCUUUCUCACAAACAGACGAAUCCCAGGCUCGUGUACUACAAGCGUACGAUACCACCAGGGAACGUGAUCGCUAUGGUCAUAUGGCGAGUUCCAGGAGGUAG